UCUGCGGUCUUAUAAGGAAAUGUGAUAUGGCAACCUCUUUGGCUCGGCCUUUUGUACGAACCUUUUUCUUUCCUAAAACUCCUAAUUUUAAAUUUAUAUCAAAGAAAACACACCGCUCCAUGAGCAUCGCCUCUUCUAAACUCCAUGUGAACGGGGUCAACAUUCAUUACGAAGUUGCUGGUCAAGGCAGCCAUGUUGUUUUAUGUAUGCCUGGUGCUCUGGGAUCAACGCAAAGUGAUUUUGGUCCGCAGCUGAAGGGACUUAAGGACGAGUUUACAGUUAUAGCGUUUGAUCCUCGAGGAUAUGGAAAAUCGACUCCUCCUAAACGGGAUUUUCCAAUUGACUUUUUUGAAAGAGAUGCAAAUGAUGCUGCGUCUCUUAUGAAGGUACUUGGCCACUCUAAAUAUUCACUUCUGGGAUGGAGUGAUGGGGGAAUAACUGCCAUGAUACUGGCCGCCGCACAUCCUAAAAGCAUCCAUCACCUGGUAGUUUGGGGAGCUAAUGCCACUGUAACAGCUAAAGAUAUUGAGCUGUAUGAAGUCAUCAGAGACACAUCAAAAUGGAGCCUCAAGAUGAGAGAGCCUCUAGAGGCCUUGUAUGGAAAAGAAGGACUCCAAGAGAUGAACAGUGGCUGGAUAGAUGGCAUAAGUCGAUUUUAUACUGACAGAGGUGGUGACAUUUGUACCAGUGCUGUGAAGAAGAUUAAUUGCCCCACCCUGGUAGUACAUGGGCAGAAGGACCCCCUGGUGCCUCAAUUUCACCCUGAGUAUCUACAUGCCAACAUUAAGGGUGCUAAGCUGCAUGUCAUGCCUGAAGGAAGACACAACCUUCACCUUAGAUAUGCUGACGAAUUUAACACACUCGUCAAGGCGUUUUUGAAAGGGAAAUCAAAAAUUUAAACCCAUGUUCUAUUAAGAAUCAUUGUUUUUAUAAAAGAUUAUUUUUUUCCUGUAGAAAGGUUCGGGGUAUUUAGUUAGUUCAACUCUGGCCAAUAUGUCAAGAGAUUGGAUAACAGCAGCAUGUCAAAUUAACAGCAUAAAAGUGCUGAUGAACUAAAAAGAAACAGAAUAAACCUUGAAACACAUGGAUGAGGAAAGGUUGUAGAUUAUUAAACAGAUUUCAUUCGAAUGAACACGCAAAUCUUGAAAGUGAUAAUUGAGCUCAAUCAUUUUUUAUGAAAGUUCUAAUUAUAACGAGUGAAGAUAAGCUUUAAAAGUUAAAUCUUCUGUAAUGUGUAAAGAAAAGGAAACUACUUCAGCUUCCAGAA